AUGGCGCAGCUAAGCUUGAGGGUAGACAAUGAACUGAGGGAUCUUUCUCAGGCGCUAGAGAAGAUUGUUUGCGAUCAAGAGAGGAUACUGGAAAGUAUAGAAAAAGACUCAAACUUGGCGCUUCGAGACAAUGAAUCCAAAGUGCUGCAUCAGCAGGUGACUGAUGUGCCGAGACUCUUGGCCCACGACGCUGGGCUUAGUAAACAACUUGGUACCUACCAAGGUUUGAGUGUGAUAUCAGACCUGCUGGAUGAAUUCAGCGUGAACUUUCAGUUGUGGGAAUUGGAGAACUGUUUCCAUUCGCUACACAACGUCCAUAGAAGGCUCCAAAAUCUGGAUUCCGGCACGCUGCCGCUGCAGUUCCAAGAGUCUCUGAAAUUGCAUGUAAACACACUUCAUUUGGAUUUGCUCACACGCUGCGAAGAGGUAAUGCAGCAAAUGUGGACAAUCGAAUCAGAUUCGAUCACAUUCAAUAUCUCUAUAAAAGCUGGACCCGACCAGACGGUGAUUGAAUAUCUACCCAUCCGCGAAUUUUUAGACACCUGUCUGUUCCCCGAUGGCCGAUUUGAGACCACCUUUUGGUUCGUCUCCUCUCUCGGAGUGACUGACAUAAAGGACACCGUAAUAACAAAAUUAUCGAAACUCUAUGGUCUUUAUAUUGGGCUGCAGGAGAUACAGGGUCAGCUCAAGUCGUUUUUGUUUGCUACUGGAGCGUAUUUGGAAACUCAAGACAACUGUUCUCUUCGCAAAAUCCCUAGGCAUUGCAACGCUGGCGAGACGAUACGAAGCUUUGAGGCUAUUGUGAGCUUUUUAUCCGAGAUUAUUUGGAGAGGCGAUGCGAAUACAAUUCUGGCCCGGUUGGGGUCCACAUUAGUAGUUGAAAUCAUCAAAUUCUCCAAACAAAAUUCACGCCAAGUACUUGGAUCUGAUACUGGCUACAAGGAACAGAUCCUAAACCUUAAUAACCAGCUUAAGGUCAUGUCUGUAAAUUCAAACGGAGUUUGGCCCUAUGACGGCAGAGAGCUUGAUUCUAUUUUGCACGAUGACUCCGUGAUUAUCAAUCUCAUGCUGGACAAACUUCUGCAGAGACAAUUGGUCAAGAUUAGAAACCUGUUCAAAGAUUCAAAUUGGAGACGUACAACUAUGGUUCAAAAGUCGGUUCCCAAAACGUCAACUGAGGCCAAAUCUGUAAUAUCGAAAAGGACCACUUCUCAAGGGUCCGACGACGGCUGGGGCUGGGACAAUGAUGAUCCGUUGCUGGAAAGUGGAGAUGAAGAAGAAGGUACAGCAUGGGACAAUGAGAUUGAAAUUGAGACUGAGGAUGGCAAACAGCCUAAGACAUCUCAGCCGGACGCUGUUGAAAAAUCUCAGUUUUCCAAGCAAGACGAAUGGCAGAAUGACUGGGAUGAAGCAACAGGCUUUGACGAGGUGUUUACUGACGGCAUACUGAUAACAACGCUGCCUUCUUUCGGCCUUCAAAUGCUGAAAGAAUUCGAUGCAGGAUGUCAGGAUAUUACUAAAACAAGAGUAGAAGCGGUUAUCGAUUAUAAGCUCAACGUUUUGCUAACUUCGUUCAUGGCUAUGUGCAUAUGCAAAUGUGAUGAUUGGUGCCAGUUGUAUCACGAUGUGGAGCAUAUCGUUGCGGAAUAUCCCGACAAGCAAAGGGUAUAUCGACUGGAAGAACUCAAUUCUCAUUUUGUAGACACCCACGUCAACAACAUGAAGAAAACUGUCAAAGGCUUGGUAGACCGGCAAUUCAAAAGUUUCUUGACUAAUGAAAACAACCCCAACUGGGGAAUAACGAUCGAAUCUUUGUUACCUUACAUCGAAACAGUUGCAUUGCCCGCUAUACUUAAGUUGCAGAAUAUCAUUCUGCUCAAAGAAUUCGUAGCAUUUACCUACGUGGAUUGUUUUAUCCAGGAAGUUAUGACCUGGCGCGUAAUCUCAGAGAAGAACUCCGAGAACUUGGCGAAAAUGAUAAAGCUCCUCUUGGCAAGUACACAACAACCACGAUUGGAUUCUGACGCAGGUUGCAAACAACUACGGGAGAAACUGGGCACGAUUGGACAAGUCUUAACGGCCCACUUGACUGAUCUCAUGGAUAUGUUUUCCAACGGAGACUUUUAUCUUUUUACUACCGAUGAGAUUGUGCGGUGGAUUAUUUUACUUUUUGCAGACACAGGGUUAAGACGGGAGUGCAUCAAUGAAAUAAAAAGUAUCCGAGCAGAGCGCGAUAGCUAA